AUGGUUACGUGGCAACUAACUCUUGAGGUCGAAGGUGGUGGAGAACAUGGUCUCGUAGCUUUUCGUCACAUAUUGGGCGUAUUUCGUCGCAAUGUGUUGUCGAAUUCCCUCGUCAAUGGCAUCUGCGCACUUGCAGACUUCCUCGAGCUCCAGAGGCGUGUCCAUAUAUUUCUGCGCCGUGCCCAGUGCGAGCAUGAUCUCCAGGUCCUCUGUGACCUGCUGCUUGAGGUUGUUGGUAACGGUUUUGCACGCCGUCAGCAACCUAACAACGGGAGGCGCCUCACGCAAUGGUGUUACGAGCUGGUAGAGCUCACGUACAACCACUGCCAGUCCGGCCGCCUCGUUAUACUUGCGAUUCUUGGCAUUCUCGCGCAACGACUCCAGCAUGGUGGAGAGCAUGAGAAUGCGUUUGAGGUUUGUGAUGGUGUUGCAUAUGUUGUUUUUCGCGUGGUUAAGCGCGCGAAUGUCCGCCGUCAGGAUUUUGAGGGACUGCUCUCCUCUCAUGGUGGGUAUCUGUAUCUCCGCCAUUUGCGCAAUGAGGUCGUUGGUGGCGCACUGCAAUUUUUCGAAGCGUUCGUGCGCCAUCUCAAUGCUGAUCGCCUUAUCGUUGAUGACCUCCAUGAGCUUGCAAUCUUGCUGUCGCAUUUCGCCUUUGACUUCAGCUAUGAGUGCGUCGAUGUCGGCGAAGUUGCACUCGUCCGUGAAGUGCUCGUUGAGAAAUUCGACCGGGUUGUCGACGAACUUCGCCAGAUCGUAGCGUGGCGCUUCUUCUAUUCCAUCCAUUUUGCAGCGUUAUUUGAGUCGUGGUAA